AUGACAAGUACAGGUAAAUCAUCAAGUCGAACUGUAGAUGGUUUUGUUUCCCAUGUCAAUGGAGUGUUUGAACACGGAUUAUUAACCACUUUUGUUCGAAAGAACGAAAUAUAUGUUGAGGACAGAGAGUACGAUAUUAUUAUUGUUGGUGCUGGAUUCGCUGGUCUAAUCGCUGCGCGUGAACUUAGUCGCCGUGGCCGAAGUAUUUUAAUGGUUGAAGCAAGAGAUCGUAUAGGUGGUCGUACUUUUACCGCACAAGUUGAUAACGAACGAUAUGAAAUUGGUGGUACAUGGAUACAUUGGAGUCAGCCGCAUGUUUGGAGCGAGAUGACACGCUAUGGAUUUUCGUUGAGUGAAUCUGAAGGUGCGACAACCAAUCAGAUUAGUCUUUUAUUCGAUAAUGGAACAAGAUUGAAAACUGUGUCAACGGCAGACUUCUAUCCUCAGCUAUUCGAUCUUUUGAAUAAAUUUAGUAAUAUCGAUGGUCAAAACGGACGAACAGUACUCCCUCAACCACAUGCACCGUUGGCUGAUCUUGGUGCCAUUCGAGCAUACGAUCAUUUAUCAAUGCAAGAUCGUUUAAAUCAACUAUCAGAUCUAGUGGAGAUCGAUAGUGAGAUGUACGAAGUUCUCGAUGCCUACCUUUCAAUGAAUACACAAGGUGAUUUGGCAAAGAGUGGAUUUCUCGAUCAUCUAACAUUUUGGAGUCUGGGAGAUUAUGACACAAAUCGUACAUGGGAUAAAACAAGUCGAUAUAAGAUGCGUGAAGGAACAAGUGCAUUAGCUCAAGCUAUGCUAGAUGAUUGUGAUCAAGUCAGUUUAUUAUUAUCAACGCCUAUUGUAUCCAUUCACCGGACAAAUGAAAAUAAAGUUCGAAUCAAAACUGCAAACGGCAAGAUUUUCACUAGUCGUACUGCGAUUGUUACCGUUCCUCUAAACGUUCUGCACACUAUUGACUUUCAACCUGUUUUAACAGAAGAAAAACAACGUGCGAUAGCAGAAAAGCAAUGCAGUGGAGGCACAAAAUUCUGGGCUAAAUUGAUGAAUCCUAUCGGUAAUUGGUGUGGUUUUGCUCCUUAUCCUAACCCGAUAACCGUUGCUUAUACAGACGAUCCUGAAGGUUAUAUUGUUGUCGGUUUUGGUCCUGAUGAUGCGUUGGACAUACGAGAUAUCCAAAAAGUUGAACAUGAAUUGCAAAAGUUCAUCGAUGGUUGUAAAGUUCAAUCUGUUUUUGGUCAUGAUUGGCGUCACGAUCCAUUCAUUCAAAGCACAUGGUCAUGGUACAAGCCAGGCCAAAUAUCUGCUAACCUUCAAGUACUUCAGAGUCCUGAACCACCUUUAUUUUUUGCUAGUGGUGAUAUAUCGAAUAGCUGGCGAGGGUGUAUUGAUGGUGCUCUGCAAAGUGGUCUAACUUGCGUUCGACAAGUUCAAGAAUAUCUGAAUAAUCGAUAG